AUGGACAUCCCCGCAACGUACAGGGCAGCCGUGUAUGAUGCGCCAGGCACCAUCUCGACCAAAAUUGUAGAGCUGCCCACGCCCGAGCCCGCCGAGGGCCAGGUGCUCAUCAAGCUAGAGUUCUCCCUGCUGACCCAUGACCCUCUCAGAACACACUCUGGUGUCUGCCAUUCCGACCUGGGCGUCAUGACACGUUCGUGGGCGCUCCUGCCGUUCCCCACGCCCAAGGACCAGGUCGGCGGCCACGAGGGCAUCGGCGAAGUCGUCAAGCUCGGUCCCGGCGCCGAAAGUGCCGGGCUCUCCCUCGGAAGCCGCGUCGGCGUCAAAUGGCUCGCCAGCGUCUGCGGUGAAUGCGCACCCUGCAAAGCCGGACGCGACGGAUGCUGCAAGAAGCAGACCAUUUCCGGCUACUUUUCGCCGGGCACGUUCCAGCAGUACGUGCUCGGCCCGGCGCGGUACGUGACGCCGAUCCCCGACGGCGUGAGCGCCGUUGACGCGGCGCCGAUGCUCUGCGCCGGCGUCACCGUGUACGCGGCGCUGAUGCGCAGCAAGACGCAGCGCGGCGACUGGGUCGUCAUCUCGGGUGCCGGCGGCGGCCUCGGGCACCUCGCGGUGCAGAUCGCCAGCCGCGGGCUGGGCCUGCGCGUCGUGGGCGUCGACCACCCGAGCAAGGCGGAGCUCGUGCGCGCGUCGGGCGCGGACCACUUUGUCGACAUGACGCAGUUUCCGCGCGACGACGGGGGCGAGGCGCUCGCGGCGCACGUGCACGCGCUGUGCGACGGCCUCGGCGCGCACGCCGUCGUCGUGUGCACCGCGUCCAACGUCGCCUACGCCCAGGCGCUCGGCCUGCUGCGCUUCGACGGCACCCUGGUGUGCGUCGGCGUGCCGGAGCACACCCCGGAGCCGAUUGGCGGCUCGUUCCCGGCCAAGAUUAUCAACGCGAGUCUCAACAUUGUCGGCUCGGUGGUCGGCAACAACGAGGAUGCGGCCGCGGUCCUGGCCCUGGCGGCCAAGGGCGUCAUCAAGUGCCGCUCGCACGUCGUCAAGCUGGACGAGCUGACGAGCACGUUUGAGCAGAUGCACGAGGCCAAGCUGCAGGGACGCGUCGUCCUCGAUCUGUGGGCGUAG